AAGCGGCCCGGAAAAUCCUUUUCGGCUUUCAGUCACCAAAGGAGGGUCUUCCCCAAAGUUGGGCGAGAGUCCAACCCUGCUCUACAAUCCUGUUGCAUCUCUGACAUGGAGGAAAUACUGUCCUUCUGGGAUGUGGCCAUUGAUUUCUCUCCAGAAGAGAGGGAAUGCCUGGAGCCUGCUCAGUGGAAUUUGUACAGGGAUGUGAUGUUGGAGAAUUACAGCCACCUUGUGUUCCUUGGUCUUGUUGUGUCAAAGCCACACCUGGUGACAUUUUUGGAGCAAAGACAAGAAUCUUCAGAUGUGAAGAGACAAGCAGCAGCCAACGUGCAGCCAGGAACAACACCCAAUGAUGAUAACGUUUACAGCAAGGCCAUUGAUUGUACCUCCCUAUAUAAUCAGCACCAGAGAAUUCAUACAAGGGAAAAAUCCUACAAGUGUGAAGAAUGUGGUAAAUCAUUUCACUAUCCUUCAAAGCUGAAGCAACAUCAAAGAAUUCAUUCUGGAGAGAAACCCUACAAGUGUGAAGAAUGUGGCAAAUCAUUUCACUAUCCUUCAAAGAUGAAGCAACAUCAAAGAAUUCAUUCUGGAGAGAAACCCUACAAAUGUGGAGAAUGUGGCAAAUCAUUUCACUAUCCUUCAAUUCUGAAGCAACAUCAAAGAAUUCAUUCUGGAGAGAAACCCUACAAGUGUGAAGAAUGUGGCAAAGCUUUUCAUGUUCCUUCAGUCCUUCGGGAACAUCAACGAAUUCAUACCGGAGAGAAACCCUACAAGUGUGAAGAGUGUGGCAAAUGUUUUUCCUCAUCUUCAUGCCUUAGACGACAUCAAACAAUCCACUCUGAAGACUCUCUCUACAAGUGUGAAGUAUGUGGCAGAUGUUUUUGCUCAUCUUCGUCCCUUCGACAACAUCAAACAUUCCAUUCUGAAGACUAUCCCUAUAAGUGUGUACAAUGUGGCAAAAGGUUUUCCUGUUCUGCUAGCCUUCAGGAACAUCAAACAGUUCACACUGGAGAGAAACCAUACAAGUGUGAAGAAUGUCACAAAGCCUUUCAUUAUCAUUCAUCCCUUAGGAGACACAAGAGAGUUCAUACUGGAGAGAACUCCUACCAGUGUGAAGAGUGUGGCAAAUCUUUUUCCUCAUUUUCAUACCUUAGACAACAUAAAGCAAUUCACUCCAAAGACAAUCCCUGCAAGUGUGAAGAGUGUGGCAAAACUUUUUCCCAUUCUGCAAAGCUUCAGAAACAUCGUAAAAUUCAUAGUGGAGAGAGACCAUACAAGUGUGAAGAAUGUCACAAAGCCUUUCGUUAUCAUUCAGGCCUUAAGAACCACAAGGCAGUUCAUAUUCAAGAGAAACUCCACAAGCGUGAACUGAGUGGGAAAGAAUGUACUAAGACUACUUUCCUCGUUGAGGACACGGCAGCUCAUAUUGCAGAGAAAGCCUACAAGUGUGAAGAGUGUGGCAAGUGUUUUUCCUCACCUUCAGCCCUUAGACAACAUCAAAUAAUCCAUUCUGAAGACAAUCCCUACACGUGUGCAGAGUGUGGCAAAAGGUUCUCCUCCUUUGCACGCCUUCAAGAACAUCAGACAGUCCAUACUGGAGAGAAACCACACAAGUGUAAAGAGUGUGGCAAAUGUUUUGGCUCAACUUCAUCCCUUAGACGACAUCAAGAAAUUCAUUCUGACGACAAUCCCAACAAGUGUGCAGUGUGUGGCAAAAGGUUUUCCUCUUUUACAAACCUUCAAGAACAUCAGACAAUUCAUACUGGGGAGAAAUCAUGCAAGUGUGAAGAGUGUGGCAAAUGUUUUUACUUAUCUUCAUCCCUUCGACGACAUCAAGCAAUUCAUUCCAAAGAUAAUCCCUACAUGUGUACAGAAUGUGACAAAGGGUUUUCCUGUUUAUCAUACCUUCAAGAACACCAGAAAACUCAUACUGGGGAGAAAGCAUUCAAGUGUGAAGAGUGUGGCAAGUGUUUUUACUUUUCUUCAUCUCUUCGGCGACAUCAAAUAAUUCACUGUGAAGACAAUCCUUACAAGUGUGAAGAGUGCGGCAGAUGUUUUUCUUCAUCUUUAUCCCUUAGAGGACAUCAAACAAUCCAUUCUGAACAUAAUCCUUAUACAUGUGUACAAUGUGGCAAACGAUACUCCUGUUCUAGGAGUCUACAGGAACAUCAAACAAUUCAUACUGGAGAGAAACCAUACAAGUGUGAAGAAUGUGGCAAAGCCUUUCAUUAUCACUCAUCCCUUAGGAAACACAAGAGAGUUCAUACUGGAGUAAAACCCUACCAGUGUGAAGAAUGUCACAAAACCUUUUGUUAUGACUCAUCCCUUUGGAAACACAAGGGAAUUCAUACUGGAGAGAAACCCUACCAGUGUGAAGAAUGUCACAAAACCUUUUGUUAUGACUCAUCCCUUUGGAAACACAAGGGAAUUCAUACUGGAGAGAAACCCUACAAGUGUGAAGAAUGUCACAAAGCUUUUCAUUAUCACUCAUCCCUUGGGGAACACAAGAAAGUCCAUACUGGAGAGAAACCCUACCAGUGUGAAGAGUGUGACAGAUGUUUUUCCUCAUCUUCAGCACUUAAUCGACAUAAAAAAAAGAAAAUUCCUUCUGAAGACAAUCCCUAAAAGUGUGGCGAUUGUGGCAAAGACUUUGCUAAUCUUUAUGUCCUUAUUCAACACAUGAUAUCGUUCAUACGGGAGAGAAAUCCUACAAAUGUCUUAAAUAGUUUACUUGUUCAAUCCUUAAAACACAUCAUAUGAUUCAUUCUAACUACAAACUCAAUGAGUGUGAAAUGUAAAAUCUUUGGUACCAG